UGUGUGGCGCAGACUGGCACUACGUCGCGCCGCCGGACUACGGGCCCUCCGGACGUCCACCCCGCCUUGAACUUGCAGGCCACACAGACCCCCCCUCGCCCUACGUCCUGGAGGGGCAGCUUCACCCCUUCGAGCCGAGAAGUCGGCUCCCCUCGGGCGCCCGCUUCGAGUUCGAGGGAGCUCAGCUUAGCCGAGCCCCCGUCGUCGUCGGGGGAGCGGACUUCGAGCUCGAGGGGACUCAGUUCCCCCCGAGAGCUCAGUUCGAGUUCGAGAGGACUCUCGAGCCCAGCCCGCAGCACUUCGAGUUGGGCGGGGAGCGCCGGGGGCGCGGGGGAGCGGCUCCGGAGACAGAGCGCCGCGGCCGGAGGCAUCCCCGAGUUCGACCGCAACAAGGUCAGCCUCGACAUCCCGGGGAGCCUGUUCGGCCCCUCCGUGUCGCUCCUCAUCCGCACCACUAAGGUCAUCGGCGACGUCAUACAGAACUCAGCGGUGCGCUACCAGACGUUCCUGAGGCUGUUCCGGCCCCUCUUCCGCGGCCCCUUCGAGAUCAAGGGCCUGGACCCGCCCACCACCACCACCACUACCACUACCACCACCACCACCACCACCGCGCCGCCGCAGGACAACGAGGUGCGGCGCCGGCGACAUCUAUAGCCGGCACCAGCUCAUCCUAGCCUAAGUCUAUUAGUCAAUUGUUAUAGUGGUGUUAUGGUGAGGACUAAGGUUCGAGCUUCUCGUGGUGUAUGUGGGGGGAACGGGGUCCUCCGAGCGAGUGGCGACACGCUAACU